UCUCUCUCUCUCUCUCUCUCUCUCCUCUUUAUAAAGCACCGACCCCAACACAACCUUACUCCGCCCUCAAAGCCUCUGCUCUCCUGCGCGCCCUCAGCGUCGUUUCGGCCUCACAGCUUCACUACCCACUAGUCGGUACAUGGACAAAACCAUCGGCGAGCAAUGGCGGCUGGACCUGGUCCCAACGGGGUUCAGGCCGCCGGAGACUCCCCGUGAGCCCAUGGAGUUCCUGGCGCGCUCUUGGAGCGUCUCUGCCCUUGAAGUUUCCAAGGCUCUGGCUCCCCCUCAAAUGCUCUCCAAGACUUUGAGUGGCGGCGGAGGAGGUGGGGGCGGCGGCGGGACUAUAGUGGAAGACCUGGCUGGAGAGGCGGAGGAGACCGCCACCGUGUCCGGGAACCCCUUCUCUUUUGCUUCCUCUGAGACUUCGCAGCUGGUUAUGGAACGUAUCAUGUCACAGUCGCAGGAGGUAUCCCCACGCACAUCGGGAAGGCUCUCGCACAGCAGUGGCCCUUUGAACGGCGGCCAGAGCUGCGGUUCCCUGACGGAUAGCCCCCCUGUUUCUCCCUCCGAAAUCGAGGACGUCAAGUUCGGCCGGUUGAACAAUCCCGUGAAUGCCCAGUACAGAACCGGGGCCAACGGCGGCGGCGCCACUACCGGCACCGGCGGAGGAAAGACAGUCGGGAGGUGGUUGAAGGAUAGGAGGGAGAAGAAGAAAGAGGAGACUAGAGCGCACAAUGCUCAGCUCCACGCAGCUGUUUCCGUCGCUGGGGUGGCGGCUGCCGUCGCUGCCAUAGCCGCCGCUACCGCCGCCUCAUCUGAGUCCGGCAAAGACGAGCAGAUGGCAAAGACUAACAUGGCUGUUGCGUCCGCCGCCACGUUGGUCGCCGCCCAAUGCGUAGAAGCUGCCGAAGCCAUGGGGGCGGAGCGUGAACACCUUGCCUCCGUCGUUAGCUCCGCCGUUAACGUUCGAUCCGCUGGUGAUAUCAUGACAUUGACGGCAGCGGCAGCGACAGCGCUGCGCGGGGCGGCCACCUUGAAGGCGAGGGCAUUGAAGGAGGUGUGGAACAUAGCGGCAGUGAUUCCGGUGGACAAGGGGAUGGGGAUGGGGAUGGGUGGAAAUGGUAGCAAUGGUUCUAACGGGAGUUACAGUGGAGAACUUGUCCCUGAAGAUAAUUUUCUCGGCAUCUGCAGCCGGGAAUUGCUUGCCAGAGGUUGUGAGCUACUCAAGCGCACUCGCAAGGGUGAUCUACAUUGGAAAAUAGUUUCUGUUUACAUCAACAGAACGGGUCAGGUGAUGCUGAAGAUGAAGAGCAGGCAUGUUGCUGGGACCAUCACAAAAAAGAAAAAGAAUGCGGUCUUGGAGGUUUGCAAGGAUAUGCCGGCGUGGCCUGGCCGGCACUUGCUGGAGGGUGGUGAGAACAGGAAAUACUUUGGGUUGAAGACGGUAAUGCGUGGACUUGUUGAGUUCGAAUGCAGGAGCCAGAGGGAGUAUGACAUCUGGACUCAAGGUGUGGAGAGGCUGCUAGCCAUUGCUGCAGAAAAGAACAGUAGAAAUAGAAUUUGAAAUUGGCUUUUAACUCUGGGAGAAAUGGGUUAAUGGGGUAUAUGGGCAUCUGAACUAGCUAGCUAGAUGUUUCAAAAUAUGGUGGGGGUGUUCUUAUUUUCCAGUUUUUUGGUUCUUGUUUUUUGGGGUUCCUGAUGUAUAAAACAGAAAUUAAAGAUAAGCUAUCCAAGGAAUAUAUUUUUGGUUGGCUUUUGUAUUUGUCUUUGAGCUGGAAAAGUAAAGUGAUCUGAAUCAAA